AUGCAAUUAAAAACAAAGCUAUUGCUGACUUAAUUGAUGUUAUAAAAUUUAAUAAGUUUGAUUUAAGCUGGAAAUCAAGAGAGUAAGGAUAUGAUGAUUGUAAUUGAGAAUGCAAUUGGAAUAAUAUUGAAUUUAGUAAUUUUCUGUCUCAUAUAUUCAAAAUAGAGAGAGGACAUAAUCAACUCAGUUGUACAAUUUCAUAUUAUUUUUUAAUUGGAAAUAAUAUUUCACAAUGUUCACAACAUAAACAAUUACUUUCUACUAAUCUACUUACUGUCAAUUGAAAACAUUUUAAAAAAUAACAAUAAAUGUUAUUAAAUCUUAACACACCUACUCUGCUUGUACAUUUCUGUAAGGAUAAUGAUCUAAUUUUAUUCUUAAUUUGCUACUUUUUAAUUUAUUUUGUUUGUUCUAUGGUAACCUCUCAACCAUACACUUUUACAUCUAGACAAAUUAUCAUAACUAAAACCUCCUUUAAUACCAAAUACUCCUUCAUAAAAAUAAACAAAUCCUCAUGCUCAUUUAAGUUAUGGAGAUCAUUAAUAAUAAGAUUUAUUAGAUGAGAAAUCACCACCUCCAGAAAAAAAUGUGAAUUUUACUUUAGAUGAAGAUCUUCUAAAUUGUCUACCUUAUGGAUUAGCAUUAAUCGAUAAAAAUUAUCAUGUACUCCAUCAUAAUGGAAAACUAUUAAAUUAUUUAAUGGUUUAGUCAACCGAUUAAAUAGUUAAUUCCUUAGAUUAAUUAUUAUCUAAGUAAAUCUUUAUAUUAUUUUUAUAGUGCUGAGCUAAACUCUUUUAAAACUCACCUCAAUUCUAAAUAUAAAUCUCCCAUAGUCCCUAUUCGAAAACUUAAAUAAAGUUCUGCUAACCAUUAUUAAGUAGGCUCUGGAAGAAUCUUAAAUUAAACCAAUUGGCUUUCUGAUCGUUUAAAAGUCAAUUUAAAAAAUAGGGAGUCUUUUCAAUCUAGUAUUUAAGAUGAAGCUACUUAUUCAUAUGUUUAAUUUGUUAUGAAUGAAUUUUAAUCUCAUAUUCAUCGAUAAAUGAGUAAUGGAUAAGAUAGUUAAUCAAAAGCAUCCGAAACUACUCAUAUGUUCUAAUUUCAUGUAGUUUAAGAUCUUAAAAUAAAAAAGAAACACUUUUAAAUAAAAGUUUAUGAAGUCAAAAUAUAGGCUAAACCUAAAGAUCCAGUAUAUUUAUUUGUAAUAGAGAAUAUUACAAAUAAAGAAGAACUCAAAGAACUAACUUUCAGAUAUAAAUUUUAAUAAGCUUUAUUAAACUCAUUUAGUCAUGAAUUAAGAACACCAUUAAAUUGUUCUUUACCUUUAUUGUAAAUUUUGAGUUAAAAAAUAGAGGAGAAUCUUUAUUCUAAUUUUUUAUUGCCUGCAAUUACAUCAAGUAAAAGAUUACUAUUAUAAAUUAAUGACAUAUUAGAUUAUGCUUAAAUUGAAUGUUAAGAUUUUAAAUUAAAUUUAGAUAAAUUCUAUGUUAAAGACUUAUUUAAUGAUUUAAAAGAAUUAUUUCAAUCAGAAUGUCAAUAAAAAUAAAUUGAAUUAAUCUUAAAUUUUAAUAAUUAAUUACAAAUUUACAGUGAUAAAAUAAGAAUUACUUAAAUCUUAGUAAAUUUAAUGAAUAAUUCAGUUAAAUUUACAAAGUAAGGUGGUAGAAUAGUACUUUCAGUUAAAAAAAGGGAUAAUUAACAUAUUUUUUCUGUUUGGGAUAAUGGGGAAGGAAUAAGUAGUGAAUAAAUGUUAGAUAUGUAGAAUCGUUUAUAAUAAUAAUAAAAUGUUUCAAAUAAAUUAGGAUUGGGUCUAAGAGUAUCGAAAGGAAUAGUAAAAUAUUUAAGUGGAGAUGGAGAAUUACAAAUUAAAAGUGAGAAAGGAUUUUAUACAGUUGUAAGUUUUUGUAUAAACGAACAAAUGAAGACAGGAAUUCAAGAAGUUGGAUUAUCUUUAAAAGACAUAGAUGAAAAUGGUUCUAAUACUAAAGAUUCAGUUUAAAAAGUUUAUGUUUCCUCAAAAAUGUUUUUAAAUUAAUAAUGCAAAUGUCCAUAGAUUCUUAUAGUGGAUGAUGUACCUUUUAAUCAUAUAGCAUUACUCGCAUUAUUAUAAGCCUAUGGAUGGAAAGCAGAUAGUGCAUAUGAUGGGGAUUCUGCAAUUAGAAAAGUCAAACAAAAAUUACACAAUACUUGUUGUAAAAUCUUUAGAUUGAUUUUUAUGGACAUUGAAAUGCCAGGAAAGAAUGGAUUUGUUGUUAGUAGUGAAGUAUUGAUGCAUAAAUUAAUUAGAGAUUUCAGAAAUUCUUCGUAAUGAAAAAUAAAGUACCGUUAUAGUAAUGUGUUCUGCAUAUAAUGGAUAAGAGAAUGCCAAAUAGGCUCAUGAGAGUGGUAUGCAUGAAAUCUUAUCUAAACCAAUUUCAUUAGAUUCUUUGCAAACGCUUUUAGGAAAAUACUUUUGUUGA